CAAGCACAAACUCCAACACUAUGCAUAUGCAUCACUCCUUAAUGGUACUUAACCUGUUUUAAUGCAAUGGAAUGACACUAUAGCCUGGAGGAGAGCGGGAUCGUGUUUGCUGGUGGUGGGCAUAAGUCCAUUGGUGCGAGGCAGAUCUCUAUCUCCGUCGACCUGCCUUUGUGGGUUUACACUGGGAGUUAACUUCAGUCAUGCACAGCAACCUCGUGGCCUCCUGUACUCGGACGAACGCCCACUGGCAGUGCCCACUGCCCAGCACUCAUCGAUGCAUCCUUGAACUGUUUCACCCACCACCAUCCAGCAAGCUUUCCAUCCCUUUCUUC